AUGGAGUUACAAGCUCAGGUUCAAGACCUAUUAGACUUAUCUUCUAAUGUAACCGCAUUGUUGCAAAAGCAGACGGACAGUCUUAUAAGGCAACGUAGCCUUGUACGAAGAGACAAAGACGAAGACUAUAAUAGUUUAAAUUAUGACAUAGAACUUGCCUCACGCUCAUUACAUGUGCUAGAAGUCCGACGCGAGAUACGUACAGCCGUUAGUGAGCUGACAGAAGUCAGAGACCAAAUGAAGCAACAAAACGGCUCACCUGCUCGUGAUUGGCUUGAUUAUGUUCAAGUCAUUAUGGAACAUUUACAUACGUUGCUCAAGAAAGGAUUAGAUCUUGCGUCCAUUGAUGGUGCCAAAUCGGAAUCACUUGUAUCUUCAUCAUCUCGAAAGGAGCUUGUGUAUCAAAGUAACCGCGUGUAUCACAAUUUCACUUCUCCGAGGAAAAUUGCAUCCGAUGACCAGCCUAAAGUUACAAUUACAACACGCAAUACUGCCAGCAAUCAUAAUAAACCUCGUCGCAUAAGCAAUUCGACACCAUUUGAUCCUUCUGCAAAGCCGAAUCCGCGUGCCGACUUAACCCGUCGUCAUUCUAUGGAUUCCGAGGGCAUUUCUGCAGCUCGCCUGUUUAUUGCUAAUCUGGGCUUGCAAGCAGCACCGCCAAAAGCUACGACAACGACAUCUGUAUCGCAAGAUCUGACUACGGCAAAUAAACCCAGCGUUUCAAGCCACAAAAAUACAGGCGGCUUGCAUAGAUAUAAUCAGAGUUCAAAUGCUGAAAAACAGCUUACUCAGAUAAUAAGCCAGGAUUCAGAGGAGGUGAACGAUCAGUUUGUAGAUGCUGUUGAGAGACAAGAGGACAUUGAUGAUAAUAGUAGUAGUGUAGACCGUGGGAAGAUUGUCGACACAGAGGAAUUAUCCGCUAUGGCAGAGAAGCUGAUGAAUAGGACGAACAUUUUUCAUAACUCAGUAAUGGCUCUUGACACAGUAAUAGAAGAUGAUCGCCAAUCGCAGUCGGGUGAUAAUGACGAUGUGUCGUCUCUUGCACCUUCCCUGUCUUCUGGCAGUUCCUCACCAAUAUCCUCACCGAUCCUGGCUAAUACAUCAUAUCACAUUCCGACUCCAACGACACAAAUUAGUCUUGCCAGAGAUAAACCUACCCACCUGUUUGCUGAGGAGGUUACCGUGAGUGACCCGUUAAGAGUAGGAGCCGGUUAUGGGUCGUAUAUCGUAUACACAUGCACCGUCAAGGGACCAGAGGGAACUAGCAUAACGGUUAGGAAGCGAUAUUCUGAUUUUGUCAAGUUGAGAUCCCAGCUAUCCAAGGCCCAACCGCAUUUCAAGAAUUUAAUUCCUAAAUUACCACCCAAGAAAGUCGUCGGCAAAUUUGGUACUGCAUUUGUUGAGCGUCGCCGGAAAGACUUGGAAUAUUUCUUGACUUACAUUCUGCUUCAUCCAACGUUGGGCGCCACACCUGUCGUGAGGAAGUGGUUUAUGAACUAA